AUGGGUUACUACUAUUGUAAACCCAGAGCUAAUGAUACUCAUACUUCAAAUGUUGUUCUGAUCUUGGCUGUGGCGUUGGUUCUUUUGGCUAUACCAAAACUCUUCUCUGGUGAACAGGAGGAAGAAGCUGAAGAAGAGAGUGGUUCCUCACCUUUUGUAGUGCCAAUAAUUGUAAUUCUGAUCUUGCUUAUGGUGUCAUGGCUGGGAAGCUCUAGAAAGAGGGUUUAUGCCAAGCCAAGAUACUGUCACUGCACCCAUGCUUGUUACUGUUACUGGUAG